AUGACACACGCCGGUACCCACGGUGCCCAUGGCUCUGGCCCUCAAACAUCUCCUUGGCCAUCGUGGCUUUCUCUCUGCUGCGCACCGUUGGCCUCCUCAGAGGACAGGAGGCCGCGUCGUAGUAAGUCUCUGCCUACUUCUACUUCUGACUCUGCCCACGUUGGCUUUGCCUGGGCCUCGGAUUCGUCUUCAACUUUGAACACUUCGUGGCCAGUGGUUCACCAUCCUGAACCCGUAGCCAUGCCUAAGCAUCGCAACAUGUCGGAAAAUUCGACAAGAGACAGUGUCUCAACCAAGAGAAGGAGAUUUUGGUCAUUCUCUUCAAACAACUCGCGCCGACCUCUUAUCUCAGCACCUUCAGACUUUCGCCAUAUCGCGACAUCUACCGAUCCAUUCUUUGACUAUCCUGAACCUACACCAUCACGGGCAUCGAAUCUUCGACCGGCCAAACAGCUACCUCAUCGCCCUUACCGACCGCUCGAGUUGAGCAUUUACCAGCCUGACAAUAGUGUAUCUCCCAUCUUACCUCACUUUGAGCCAAGACCUGCCAACCCGGCUCCUUCAUCGGACUUUUCUGAGGAACCUGUCUCGGACAUUUCAAAUUCCCCAUCAGAAAAAGUACGGCCUUCAUUAGAGCACCAGAAGAGUUUCUCAGACUCUCCUAUGUCUUUUCACUUUCCACGCAAAAACAUAACGAGCAGUGCUCCCAGCUCUUCCUUUGGAGACGACGAGAUCCCUCCUCUGAUCCCUCCCAAAUCGCGCGGUCGCUCCCGGGCCUAUAGCUCACCGGACGUUGAAAAGGUCAAGGAACGGGUUGCGAGUGCUAUGCUCGAGGUCGAGAAACUCCAGAAACAGAUAGAUGAGGUUAUUGAAAGGCAGAGUCUCUACGUCCCAAGCCGGCCAGCAACUCCCCACUCUGUGGUCAGAAACAUGCCGAGUAUGAGUUCUAGUCCUGGUGACGAAUCUCAUCUGCUGACUCGCUCAGAUUUGGAGCCUAUGCCUUCAAUUCCUGCUCUUCCACCAGCAGCCCCCUCUUUUGCUCAACGUCUUAACUCUGAUAUCAUUGAGAGACCUCGAACAGCACCUAUCAGAUCACCUCUCACACCUAUGAGGACUCCCAUUACCCCUCCUCGUCGAGCCCGGACUCCUGGUGAGCCGCGGACCCCAUCUUCCACCACUCCUCCUCCUCGUCCUAGACGGGAUGAUCUACCCCCGCCACCACCUCUACCUUUGGUGCUUCGACCUCCUCUCCGGAAGAAGAAGUCCUUUUCACGGGUAUCGAGCUGGCUCUUCCCCGGAUCACAGCACAGCCGCAACAUGAGUUUCGAUUCUGUCACCAACGCCCCCCGCCCUAUCAGGGGCAAUCAGGGUUUCUAUCAGGUCUCGCUGGGCGGGACAUCACUUCGCCGACGGAGCACGGACUCUGCCGACACUGUUAGUACUUGGGAGUCGGACGAAGAGUACCGCACUGUCCCAACAACGUGCUCACUUGGUAGCACAGCAGCAGUGCCACAAGACGAGGGGCCUUUGAUAUCGCGGUUCGCCACAUCCACGUUUGGCCGCAACGAGAUCCGACCGCAGAGGAGGAGCGUCGGCGUUGCAAUGUGA